GAGUCGUAAAGCGCCACUCCCCCACCACCCAGCUGACAAGCCAAACAUUUCUUGCUAGACUGUUUGUAUUUAUUCCACUGAUAUAUUGUAAGUAACCAAUACUGCAUUUUAUUGAUUAUUUAGGUAUUUAAUUGCGCAUUCCAGAGUAACGCUAUUAUAGUUUACAAUUCAAGCGUUUUUGAUAACCGUUAAAGAUGGAAUAGCUAGCUAGCUAACCUAGCCACAACAGCUAACUAGCUUGCUACAAGCGUACUGUACUCAUGUAAAGAAUCUCCAUCCAUAGUUCUGGAUUCAUUUGAUAAGGCUAAAUAUAUAGCUAGAUAGAUAUGCCCAUUUAUGCAGUUGUCCAAUGUUUGUGUAAGUAAUGGACACAGGAAAGUAUUACUCACUGUACAUACACAUGCAGAAGAUAGCUAAGUGUCUGAAAUACACAUUAUUCAUUUCAAUAUCCACUCUAAUAUCACACCUUUUUUUCCAGACACAUAAUGGCCUCAGCUCCAGCCCAGCAGCCCACCCUCACUGUUGAGCAGGCCAGAGGUAUGAACAGUCACAUACGUUUGGCUUAUCUAGGGAAGGGAAAGGGGAUACCUAGUCAGUUGCACAACUGAAUGCAUUCAACUGAAAUGUGUCUUCUGCAUUUAACCCAACCCCUCUGAAUCAGAGAGUUGUGGUGGGCUGCCUUAAUCGACGUCCACGGUGCCGGGGAGCAGUUGUUGUUGUGGGUUAACUUCCUUGCCAGCAGGUUUUUUCCACCUUGCCAGCUCAGGGAUUUGAACCAGUGGCCUUUCAGUUACUGGCCCACCGCUCUUAACUGCUAGGCUACCUGCCACCCCGCUCUAUUACUAAUGCCCAGUAGUGGCACAGAUCUCUUCACAGUGCUCUUGUGUGUUGCAGUGGUGCUGAGUGAGGUCAUCCAGGCCUUCUCUGUGCCAGAGAAUGCAGCACGGAUGGAGGAGGCACGGGAGAGCGCCUGCAACGACAUGGGCAAGAUGCUGCAGCUGGUGCUCCCUGUGGCCACCCAGAUCCAACAGGAGGUCAUCAAGGCGUAUGGCUUCAACAACGAGGGAGAGGGUAAGAUGCCACUUUGUGAAACCUGUUCGAUAUAGAAUGAAGCGAUAGAGAGAGACAAUCUAUUGUCACUUUUCAGUGUCAUUGAUUUGUGUGAUGACUGAACACCAUCUUUUUGCUUCAUCAUGUUCAGUUCGAGCUCUUUGUGAAAUCAUGGUGGUCAUUGCUUGUUUUAACAAUUUUUCAGGUGUCCUUAAAUUUGCCCGUCUGGUGAAGAUGUAUGAAACUCAGGACCCAGAGAUAGCAGCCAUGUCCGUCAAACUGAAGUCUCUUCUCCUGCCUCCCCUGUCCACUCCACCCAUAGGUGGUGCCAUCCCAGCUUCCUAAGAAACUUGCCUUGGUCUUUCAGAAGGGACAUCUAAAAAUGUUACUGGACUUGAAAAUGUGUGUGCAUGGUCAAUUUCAUCAAGUACGUGCACGCUUGGAACUCAUCUCAUUAUAUUAUUUUCAAUCAAUCGUAGGAAAAAGUGAAUUGGUUAACUUACCUAGUUAGUACUAACACCCUGGGAUAAAGCACACAAAUCAGACCUGUAUUGGUUCAAAUGAAAACACACGUCAGAAUCGCAAGCUCCGACCAGGAUGGACAAAUGUCAUUCUUCAAAGUCAGUUAUAUUGCAUUCCUGGAUUUAAAUGCAAUACACUUCUGACAGCUAACUUAAAUCCUUUGUUUAUGGAUAUUUGUUUUCAAUAUUAGUUUUUUUACAUUUAGCCUUAAGUCAUUUAUACCACGAAUUGCUGUUUGAGAGGACUGAAUGAAGUGUCAUUCCUUGCGAUACAGAGUUGUUUGUUUUAUUCCAUUUUAGUGACCUUUUCAAUCUCAGUUGUCACUGCUGGAUCAGAUAUGUAUUAAUACAUGUAAAAAACAAUGCUACUCACAUUUUUUGUUGAAAUGUUAUUUUUUAAAAGUGAAAACAGCAACACACCAAGCAGAUUAACACAAACUUUAUUAUUGCAGUAAGGCUUUGGCAACUGUUUCUGUUAUUCAUCAUUCUCAUAAUACAAUAUUUAGAGACAUUUCACAGUAAAACUCUUCGGGGAGCGGCCCAUGCCUCAAUUUAUACUUUACACAUACUGUACAGCUCUUUUAUUUCUCAUCUUCUCCUUCACACAUAAAGACAAACAAGCAUUGUAGGAUCCAGUCCUUAUAUGGCCACAUUGUUGCUCCUAUAAUCAAGACAAAACCUCACAGUCCAUUCCCAUAACGGGAGACAAGUCCCUCUGUUCAAUAGUCCACCCUAUGGCACUUUUGUUUUCAUUCUACAUUUAAAACAUUGACUUAAAAAAUCAUUUUCAAACCAAUCGUAGAUUCAACAUAUAACUAAUUAUAAACUGGGUGGUUUGAGC